AUGGCAGCUAGUUUAGCGCCGAUGAAAUUUUUGAGCGCUAGCCAUGCCAAUUUGACAUUAUCAACGUACUUUAGUACUGGUAUAUUACUUGGAACUUCACUUUUGAUUAUACUCCCCGAGGGGAUUGAGGUGCUAAAUGAGUCUGGGCACAAGCUUACAUCAUCGGCUAUUGGACUUCCUUUGACUUUUGGGUUCACCAUGAUGUAUCUUGUUGACAAGUUUUUCACAAUUGGCAAUUUUCCAUCGCCAAUCGUCAAUGUUUCUCCAUUGCUGUCGAUUCUUAACUCGUCGCUCUCCCUUGGUUUGAUUGUUCAUGGCUCCGUCGAUGGUAUCUCGUUGGGAUCUUCGUUUCUAGACACAGAUAAAACCUUUCAUGCCUUGGUUUUAUUGGCUAUUAUUCUUCAUCGCAUCCCCACUGCAUUUAGUUUUGGAACAAUUUUGAAUAAGAAGGGUUUAGAGGAUAAACUUGUGGUUUGGCAUUUGGCUCUUUUUGCUCUACUGACGCCUAUUUUUACAUGGCUAACUAUUGGAUUCGUCUCGGUGUUUAAUACAGAUAUCCUUUAUGUUACAGGGUUGUUGCUAUUGUUUUCAGCUGGUACCUUCUUUUACAUCGUCAACCAUGUCAUGAAUGAGUUUGAUGUCUCAUCUUCUUGGGAUAUGCCUAAUUCCAGCGAUACAGAAACAACAAUGACACAUCAAGGAAAUAGAGUAAAUCUACUAUUGCCCUUACUUGGGCUAACACUCCCAGUCUUGAUUAGUUUUUUUAAAGAAUAA